GUUCAGCCAGCUGAAGUUUGGAGACUAUAUAAGACAGACCAACUCUACCACUGUACCUCUGUGAAGACGUGUAACUGGACAAUGAGGGUUGUUCUUGGUUUGCUGUUGUUGCUGCUCGGUCUGUGUGGCUCAGGGGCUCAGGGGGAGGGUGGAGGCCUCGAUGAGGUGGGUGCAGUUGAGGAAUCAUCAGAGCAGACCACAAAGCAAACCACCUGUGAUAUUUGGGCAGAAGUGGUGGAGCUCAAGGUGCAAAUGGAGCUGCUGAAGAGAGAGAAUUCUGUCCAAGCCACACAACUGAUCUCUCUGGAAAUUAGACUGACUGCCACCGAGAGCAAAACAAGUGACCUAGAGAAACAGAAUGCAGACUUGCAGACCAGACUGAGUAACAGUGAGAGUGAACUUCUUGUCAGUAAGUCCAGGAUUGACCAGCUGGAGAGAAUAAAUGAAGAGAGACCAAAGGUGGCCUUUUACACAGCUCUGACUAAUUCAGGACAUGUUGGACCAUACAACACUGCCAUCACACUGAAAUUCAGUAAGGUCUUCACCAACAUUGGCAAUGCUUACAAUCCAGCUACAGGUUUCUUCACAGCACCAGUGAAAGGGGUCUACUAUUUCCAGUUCACUGUGUUUGGUUUCCAAGCAGGUUCUAUGGGUAUAACUGUGUACAAGAACAGCAAAAGGAUUAUGGAUAAUUGGGGCAGUGUGCCUAAUGGAGGUUCUGAGUAUAUCACUAACUCUCUUGUCUUGGAGCUGAUAGCAGGAGAUGAAAUUCACCUUGUUCUCCCAUCAGGCUAUUCUCUCUUUGACAAUGAAACUAACUACAGCACCUUCAGUGGCGCCCUUCUCUUCCCACUGUAAGGAUGUUGUUUGGCUGCUGUGUGAUUGAUUUGUCACAAACUCUGUUGUUAUUGGUUACACUGUGAUUCUUUAGAAAAUACUGUACACUUAGUGAAUGUAUCAAAUAAUGUGAUUCUGAACCUGACUUCCCUCUUGUAUCGUUACAUAAAAACAACAUUCAAAUAAAUCAAAGAUUAAUUUA